AUGGCGGCGCUGCUAAGAGGACUACGAGUUGGAAGGGCCCUGCGGGGUCUUGGCAGCGGUGAGCCAAGACUUGCUAGUUGGUCUUUGUCUGUAGGCAUUAGCCAGUAGCUCGGGAACUUGGCUUUGGUAAUCGUAUACAUUGGUUUAGGUCUUAAUCGCGAGGGAGCUUGCGAACUAGCUAGCAAACCAAUGUCACUUUUCGGAGAAGGUGAUCAUGAAGGACAGAAUCUGGUAACAAUGUUGGCUACUCCUUGCAAACUAAAUCUCAACGCAAGAAAACACAUUUAGUUAUCACAACUGCAAGUAUUGAGUUCUUCGAUCCAAUAAACAUCGCUACCUAAUUAGGCUAACCCCUUAAAUUGUGACGGGGUUACAUUGUCCAAGUACUUUCACAAACUACUCACAUAGUGACUCUUACCCUGAAAUUACCCCCCGUAUUAUGGAUCUAUAAUUAUUAGCCAACUUAGUUAAUACUUGUGCUCAGUCAGGACACAGGAUGCAAAGUGUCAGUAUGAACAUCAUUAGAGCAUAAUUUUCUGCUUUUUUUCUUGUAGUGGUAAUUCCAAAAACAUCCAGUCCCCAAUGCAAUGGCCUGAGAAGAGGCUUCCACUGUGCUGCACUUUGUCUUCAGGAGGACAAGGACAAGUCCAUCCCUGUCCCCCCAUCCUCUGCUGCAUCCUCAACUACAACCUUCCACGAGCAUUACCAAGCCCACCCAUCUAAAAACGACACUACGACAUAUACGCAGGAAGCUGCUGCUAAGGAGGCUCCCCAGCCCAAUACUAGGUUAGGUUCCACCAAACUGAACUGACACCCAUUUAACCAAUGCAUAAUAACAUUACAAUACCAUGUUGUGGUGUAUGCCUCUGGAACAACAUUUAUGUGACAUUUGGUUCUUAAGUUACUUAUGUGUGUAUGCCAAUGGUGUAUGCUGUGUUCUCUCUAUUGUCGCUGCAGUUAUGCAGACCAAAGUGGAGAACAAGGAGAAGAGUAUGAAACAGAGGAGCAACUGCAAGCACACAUCCUUAACGCUGCACUGGACUUUGUCCCACUACAUGGUUGGACUCUUGAGGCCAUUUCAGCAGGGGCUGAGGUGAGUGGAAGGAAGUUGAAUUUACUGUAGUUGUGUGGAUGGAGAGAUUUAUCUAUGUGACUAAAUGUAAUUGUUGCUUUUCUGUUACUGUUUUCCUCGGAGCAGACACUGGGCCUCUCAGCAGCCUCCAGUGAAAUGUUCCAGAAUGGCGCAGGGGACCUGGUUUUGCACUUCGUCGCUCAGUGCAAUGCCCAGCUAACAGAGCAGCUGGCAGAGCAGCACAACAAGAUCCAACUUGGUCAGGCUGAGUAAGCUCCAUCAUGCUCUCAAAUUAGCAGGUUCAAAAUAGUGCACUUUUACUGCGCAGUUAGGAUUUAAACAUGAAUGUCAUUGUUAUCGGUGUGUGUGGGCAUGUGUUAACCACAUCAUUUCUUGCAGACCAAAGAAAACUGCUGAGUUUCUUAGAGAUGCUGUGGAGACCAGAUUGAGGAUGUUGACCCCAUACAUCGAUAAUUGGCCACAGGUAUCUUGCACACAACACAGUAUAACAAUUAGACAUCAACUGGACAUGUGACAGUUAAUCUCUUCACCUUAAACCAGUUCAGGCUACUCAUUGGUAUAAGGUAGCCUAAUCUUGUAACAUCGUCUUGAUACACUAGUAGAGGCAACCAUUUAUUAAACCUGUGCACAGAUGUGCCAUAUAUUUGCAGGGUUUCCUACUUACAAAGCAUGUAGAGGUCUGUAAUAUUUAUCAUAGGUACACUUCAACUGUGAGAGACGAAAUCUAAAACAAAAAUCCAGAAAAUCACAUUGUAUGAUUUUUAAGUACCGGUAAUUAAUUUGCAUUGUAUUGCAUGACAUAAGUAUUUGAUACAUCAGAAAAGCAGAACUUAAUAUUUGGUACAGAAACCUUUGUUUGUAAUUACAGAGAUCAUACGUUUCCUGUAGGUCUUGACCAGGUUUGCACACACUGCAGCAGGGAUUUUGGCCCACUCCUCCAUACAGACCUUCUCCAGAUCCUUCAGGUUUCGGGGCUGUUGCUGGGCAAUACGGACUUUCAGCUCCCUCCAAAGAUUUUCUAUUGGGUUCAGGUCUGGAGACUGGCUAGGCCACUCCAGGACCUUGAGAUGCUUCUUACGGAGCCACUCCUUAGUUGCCCUGGCUGUGUGUGUCGGGUCAUUGUCAUGCUGGAAGACCCAGCCACGACCCAUCUUCAAUGCUCUUACUGAGGGAAGGAGGUUGUUGGCCAAGAUCUCGCGAUACAUGGCCCCAUCCAUCCUCCCCUCAAUACGGUGCAGUCGUCCUGUCCCCUUUGCAGAAAAGCAUCCCCAAAGAAUGAUGUUUCCAGUUCCAUGCUUCACGGUUGGGAUGGUGUUCUUGGGGUUGUACUCAUCCUUCUUCUUCCUCCAAACACGGCGAGUGGAGUUUAGACCAAAAAGCUCUAUUUUUGUCUCAUCAGACCACAUGACCUUCUCCCAUUCCUCCUCUGGAUCAUCCAGAUGGUCAUUGGCAAACUUCAGACGGGCCUGGACAUGUGCUGGCUUGAGCAGGGGGACCUUGCGUGCGCUGCAGGAUUUUAAUCCAUGACGGCGUAGUGUGUUACUAAUGGUUUUCUUUGAGACUGUGGUCCCAGCUCUCUUCAGGUCAUUGACCAGGUCCUGCCGUGUAGUUCUGGGCUGAUCCCUCACCUUCCUCAUGAUCAUUGAUGCCCCACGAGGUGAGAUCUUGCAUGGAGCCCCAGACCGAGGGUGAUUGACCGUCAUCUUGAACUUCUUCCAUUUUCUAAUAAUUGCGCCAACAGUUGUUGCCUUCUCACCAAGCUGCUUGCCUAUUGUCCUGUAGCCCAUCCCAGCCUUGUGCAGAUCUACAAUAUUAUCCCUGAUGUCCUUACACAGCUCUCUGGUCUUGGCCAUUGUGGAGAGGUUGGAGUCUGUUUGAUUGAGUGUGUGGACAAGUGUCUUUUAUACAGGUAACGAGUUCAAACAGGUGCAGUUAAUACACGUAAUGAGUGGAGAACAGGAGGGCUUCUUAAAGAAAAACUAACAGGUCUGUGAGAGCCGGAAUUCUUACUGGUUGGUAGGUGAUCAAAUACUUAUGUCAUGCAAUAAAAUGCAAACUAAUUACUUAAAAAUCAUACAAUGUGAUUUUCUGGAUUUUUGAUUACAGACCUCUACAUGCUUUGUAAGUAGGAAAACCUGCAAAAUCGGCAGUGUAUCAAAUACUUGUUCUCCCCACUGUAGCUUACUUGAGCAAAUGUAUCACUUUGCCAUCAACAUUAGUCUCUCCCAAAUAUAUUUUAUUUUAGUAUUACACUCAGUAACAGGCAUCUGUUUUUUUUCUGCUGAUUAAAUUAUAUCUUCCUUUCUCCUCUCCAGGCUAUGAGUAUUCUGCUCCUCCCACACAACAUCCCAGACAGUCUGAAGCACCUCUCCACCCUGGUGGAUGAUAUCUGGUACUAUGCUGGAGACCGUUCCACAGAUGUGAGUCGACCCUCUCAGCCUAAGUACCCCUCUCCCCAUGUCUUCCUCACCCCCUUUCAUCAGGCACCUCAUACUAUCCGGCCUGCCUCUGCAAAGGUUACUACUCACCACCUCUCCUCACAUUGCACUCUCCUUGUCUCUCUCACUUUUAACUCUGUUUACCCCAUUAAUCCAUCUCCAAUGCCCUCCUAUUCUCAUUAAUUGUACAUGUGGGUGCUACUGACAUUAUUUGUCAAUUGUUUUCAAUCAGCCCAAUCCACAUUUUUCCCUUGAUUAAGGUUUUUGUCUUUCAACAACCACUUUAAUAGUAUGUCUAUGUGUCAAAAUCUUUGUUAUUUAGUUUUCACUUUUUUCCCAUAUCAGUUGAACUGGUAUACGAAACGGGCUGCGCUGACAGGGAUCUAUAACACCACUGAGCUAGUGAUGAUACAGGACUCCUCAGAAGACUUCCAGGACACCUGGAACUUCCUUGAAAACCGAAUCCAGGAUAUUGUCAACAUGGCUGGCACUGCCAAACAGGUACCAUUUCCUCAGUCUGUGCAUAGUCCCUUUAAUGAUGUAAAAGGUCACUAGUGAUACAAUUAAAAAAUAUAAAUCAUUAGAAAGAACUCACUAGUAUACAACCUAUAUUAAGGGAACUCAAUAUGUGUAAUUUACAUCUCUUUUGCUAUUGUGUCCUGUAGGCAGUAUCUACAGGAGAAGCAGUGGCGCAGGGGCUUAUGGGAGCUGCUGUUACG